GCAGGCGCCUGCUGGCCAUUUCUUCUCAGCCACGCCGAAGUCGUGUGUUCAGGCCGUCUCGACGCCAGGACCCACUAGGAGACGAUGAUGUUGGGCACCGAAGGCGGAGAGGGAUUCGUGGUGAAGGUCCGGGGCUUGCCCUGGUCUUGCUCGGCAGACGAAGUGCAGCGUUUUUUUUCUGACUGCAAAAUUCAAAAUGGGGCUCAAGGUAUUCGUUUCAUCUACACCAGAGAAGGCAGACCGAGUGGCGAGGCUUUUGUUGAACUUGAAUCAGAAGAUGAAGUCAAAUUGGCCCUGAAAAAAGACAGAGAAACUAUGGGACACAGAUAUGUUGAAGUAUUCAAGUCAAACAACGUUGAAAUGGAUUGGGUGUUGAAGCAUACUGGUCCAAAUAGUCCUGACACGGCCAAUGAUGGCUUUGUACGGCUUAGAGGACUCCCCUUUGGAUGUAGCAAGGAAGAAAUUGUUCAGUUCUUCUCAGGGUUGGAAAUCGUGCCAAAUGGGAUAACAUUGCCGGUGGACUUCCAGGGGAGGAGUACGGGGGAGGCCUUCGUGCAGUUUGCUUCACAGGAAAUAGCUGAAAAGGCUCUAAAGAAACACAAGGAAAGAAUAGGGCACAGGUAUAUUGAAAUCUUUAAGAGCAGUCGUGCUGAAGUUAGAACUCACUAUGAUCCACCACGAAAGCUUAUGGCCAUGCAGCGGCCAGGUCCCUAUGACAGACCUGGAGCUGGCAGAGGGUACAACAGCAUUGGCAGGGGGGCUGGCUUUGAACGGAUGAGGCGUGGUGCUUAUGGUGGAGGGUACGGAGGCUAUGAUGAUUAUAAUGGCUAUAAUGAUGGCUAUGGAUUUGGGUCGGAUAGAUUUGGAAGAGACCUCAAUUACUGUUUUUCAGGAAUGUCUGAUCACAGAUACGGGGAUGGUGGCUCUACUUUCCAGAGCACAACAGGACAUUGUGUACACAUGCGGGGAUUACCUUACAGAGCUACUGAGAAUGACAUUUAUAAUUUUUUUUCACCGCUCAAUCCUGUGAGAGUACAUAUUGAAAUUGGUCCUGAUGGCAGAGUAACUGGUGAAGCAGAUGUUGAGUUUGCAACUCAUGAAGAUGCUGUGGCAGCUAUGUCAAAAGACAAAGCAAAUAUGCAACACAGAUAUGUAGAACUCUUCUUGAAUUCUACAGCGGGAGCAAGCGGUGGUGCUUACGAACACAGAUAUGUAGAACUCUUCUUGAAUUCUACAGCAGGAGCAAGCGGUGGUGCUUAUGGUAGCCAAAUGAUGGGAGGCAUGGGCUUGUCAAACCAGUCCAGUUAUGGCGGCCCAGCCAGUCAGCAGCUGAGUGGUGGUUAUGGAGGCGGCUAUGGCGGCCAGAGCAGCAUGAGUGGAUAUGACCAAGUUUUACAGGAAAACUCCAGUGAUUUUCAAUCAAACAUUGCAUAGGCAGCCAAGGCGCAGUGAACAGCAGCUACUACAGUAGUGGAAGCCGAGCAUCUCUGGGCGUGAACGGAAUGGGAGGGAUGUCUAGCAUGUCCAGUAUGAGUGGUGGAUGGGGGAUGUAACUGAUCCUGAUCACUGACUCUUGGUCAACGUUUUUUUAAAAAAGUUUAACAGUUUUGCAAUACAAGCUUGUGAUUGAUGCUUACUCUUAAGUGGAAAUCAGGAUUGUUUUAAAGACUUAAGGUUCAGUAUUUUUUGAACACAAACAUUCAUCUAGGAUGUAACAAUGGAGUAAACUAUAACUGUUAAACAAUUUUCAGCUUUUCUCUAGUUCUAUUGUAGGAUGUACUUAAGCAGCAAGUGUAUUUAGGUUAAAGCAGUUGAAUUAUGUUAAAUGUUGCUCUUCUACCACAUUACAUUGAACACUGUUGGGAUGCAUGUUGAAAGACAUGCUUUUUUGUAAAACUCAAUAUAGGAGCUGUGUCUACAAUUAAAAGUGAACACAUUUGGCAUGUUUGUUAAUUCUAGUUUCAUUUAAUAACCUCUAAGGCACGUAAGUUGAAGCUUUUUUUUUUUUUAAGUUAAUGGGGGACUUUGAGACGCAACACCAUACGUUAGGAUUUUGGUCUUGGUGUUUGUAUGAAAUUCUGAGGCCUUGAUUUAAAUCUUCCCUUGUAUCGUGAUUUCCUUUUAGGUGUAUUGCGCUAAGUGAAACUUGUCAAAUAAAUCUUCCUUUUAAAAACUGC